AUGUUGGCCAAGCUCAUUGAUACCAUUAACCAAUGCCGAACUCUGUCACAACAAUGCCACGACGUCGCCAUUAAGCGUGACACUGCCGCGGAGCAUUACUUUGAUCGGAUCCACCAGCAUUUACAAGAUGCCUUGUCGUCCAAGAACGCAACACCACCACCAACCGCCAUUCCUGCAGACAAAGUACAACAAUCCUCUCCAACACCAGAUAAUAAAGAGAAGCAACAACUGCCAUCAUCAACAACUGAAGUGGACGCUAUUCUUGCUGAAAACAAGCAACUCAAGGAAAAGCUGCAGCAAAUGCAUGCCAUAUUUGUCAACUUGAAAGGAUCGGCAGCCACAAUGACCGAUAUAGCCACGCAGCAUACCAAACGAGCCAAGAUUGAGAAAGAAGCAACCUCCAAUCUACGUCAACAAGUCAACGAUUUGAUGAAAGAGACUGAAAGGAUACGAUCAGAACGAGAUGCUUUACAAUCACAAGUACAGCAAUUACAGCAGCAAAUCAAUGCAUUGGAUGAGAGCAAAGAGGAAUUGUUGAAAAAGCCACGCGUUGGCGAUGUUGGUGAUGAGAUGCGACAGAAAAUUGAGUACUUGAUAUCCAUGCGAAAAGCCGCUGAGACAGCAUUACAAGCGACAAUGGAUUCCCAGGUGGAAGCUGAAAACCAAUCCCGAUCCACUAUCAAAGCACUACGAAGCAAUAUCGAAGCAUUGACCACCGAGUUGGAGAGUGAAACGAAAGCCAAAAAUUACUUCUAUGCUGUGUGUGACACUUUGGGAAAUGAUCUUCAAGCUUCGAAGGAGAAGGUCAAAGCACAAGUGAGCAAGGUCGCAACCGAACGCUCGAAGGCGGCACAUCUACAAAACACCAUCAAUCAAUUGCGUCAAUCCAACAAGAAAAAGAAGGAUAAAAUGACCGAGCUAUACCGGAGAAUUGCCAUGCUGGAAGCUCUACAGACCACACCCAUGGCCGUUGAUAACAAUCCUGCAGCCAAGAGACCACGGAUAGAGUAG